GGCUAUUGAACCAUGCCCCAGCCCGGGCCCCAGGACAGCUGAGUCCACUGAGAGGAGACCGUCGUUUUGGGAAGUAGGGGCCUCGUUUGAAAAAAAACAAAAAAAAAAACCCCAAAAAAACAUCCUUUACAUCCUGCGAUUUUUUCAACAGCAGGACAAGUGAAGUGGAGGAGGAGCAGCUCUGACGACCGGGACGAAGAGACAGAGAGAUGAGUCCUAAACACUGCAGCUCGAUGAAGACACGACACAACACACACGUGAAACUAUAACUGAAGGAAACACACCCCCACUACUGGUAACACACGUGAAAGACAAAAAAGGGAGGCCUGGGGGGACUUGGCGGGAGCACCAGCAGCUGUCCAUCUAUCCAUCCAACCAGCCAGCAGCGAUGCCGGGGCUGAUGUGGAGCCUGUGUGCCCUGCUGUGCCUCUCCCUCUGGGAGGAAAGUUACUGCAGGAGCUCCAGGGAAGCCCGGAGGACCAGAGAGCCGUCUCUCAUCAGGAGUAAAAGAGCCCCCAUCGACCCCGAUGCCAAAAAGUGUUCCUACACCUUCCUCGUACCCGAGCAGAGAAUCACAGGUCCAAUCUGUGCCAGCACCACAGGCCCGGAGCCAGACAAGGACAGAGUGACCCGUAUAGACAUCGCAGAUGUGCGGGAGGUGCUCAACAAACAGCGGCGUGAGAUUGAGACGCUGCAUCUGGUGGUGGACGUGGAUGGUAACUUGGUGAAUGAGAUGAAGCUGCUGCGGAAAGAGAGCAGGAACAUGAACUCCAGGGUGACCCAACUCUACAUGCAGCUGCUGCAUGAGAUCAUCAGGAAAAGAGACAACUCUCUGGAGCUGGCCCAGCUGGAGAACCGCGUCCUCAACGUGACCUCCGAGAUGAUGCGACUGGCUUCAAGGUACAAGGAGCUGGAGUCCAGGUUUGCCUUAAUGGCCGGCGUGGUCAACAACCAGUCCAUUCUCAUCUCUGCACUGGAGGAGCAGUGUCUGAGGACACUGGGACGCGGCGAGCUGCCCGUAGUUCCCCCGCUGGUACAGGUGGUACCGCAGAAUCUACCCGUUAACAAUCGUUUCACCAAUGAGAUACAGAGGGACAAUAACAACCGGGCCUUUGCCAGAGGAUCACGCAUGGAUACCGCCACUGCAAGCCCAUUUGGGAUCAACCCUCCACCACCACAGGGAACACUUACCUCCGAUGGUCCCUUCAAAGACUGUUACCAGGUGCGACAGGCCGGCCACACCACCAGCGGGAUGUACCUGCUUCAGACCGAGGGCAGCGAUCGGUUGAUCCAAGCCUGGUGUGAACACGGCCUCGACAAUGGAGGAUGGACCGUGUUGCAAAGGAGGAGGGACGGCUCGGUUAACUUCUUUAGGAACUGGGAGAACUACAAGAGAGGCUUUGGGAACAUAGACGGGGAACACUGGCUCGGGCUGGACAACAUUCACAACCUGGGCAAACAGGGCGACUAUAAGCUGAUGAUAGAGCUGGAGGACUGGACGGGGAAGAAGGUGUACGCCGAGUACAGCAGCUUCCGCCUGGAGUCGGAGAGCGAGGGCUACCGGCUGAGGCUCGGCACCUACCAGGGAAACGCCGGGGACUCCUUCAGCAGCCACAACGGCAAACAGUUCACCACGCUGGACCGGGACAAGGACACAUUUUCUGGUAACUGCGCCCACUUCCAUAAGGGCGGCUGGUGGUACAACGCGUGCGGCCAGACCAACCUGAACGGCGUGUGGUACAGCGGAGGAGUUUACCGCAGCAAAUUCCAAGAUGGCAUCUUCUGGGCGGAGUACGGAGGAGGUUUCUACUCCCUCAAGUCGGCCCGCCUCAUGAUCCGACCGAUCGACUGAAAUGUCGGACCGUGACUCCCGUCAAAUGCACCUCGGUUUCCCUCCUUAUCUUUAUCUACCCAUAAAACCAAAGACUGUAAAAGGCAGAACCAGGAACCCCCCCCCCCCCCCUCAUCGUACAACAGUGCCUUGUAAAAAAUAACAAAAGGAGGAAGAGACGGUGGCAGGUGAUAAAGGCCGGACAAUAACGACUCCAGCAGUCUUCACAGUGACUAACCCCCAAGUUGACUUUGAGAUGAACACAGAUGCCAUUGACCUCCGUCAGUAAGAGCUCUCCUCUACCUGUCCGUCUGGAAAGUAACGGUCCAACGAGCUCCCUGGGACCAUCAAGUAUUACUCCCAUGUGUCCUAUUCUACUCACUCUUGUAUGUAAUUAAAAAAGGGAAAUGGUCAUUUACUAAAGACAUGCGAUAUCUUCAGAGCAGCUAAUGUUGACUUUUUGAAAGUAGUGUCGCCCGUAACCAAAGGGUAUUUGAUGGAUGUCACUGGGAUGUUUAACCAUAGCAUUAAAAAAAGGUCAAGUUGUGUUGCCGGUUUGAAGUCCCAGGACAGGACUUGCCAAAUCUACUGUCGACUCGUUUCUGGGUUUUGUCAGGACUUUGGGGCGAUUCCUCCGAACCCCCAGCAGAAAACGAACUUCUGCAACAACGUGCUUGUCCGAUGUGCAAAUGGCUGAGCUGGCUUUGGUGUGUAAAUAUCUUUGGCUUCGUUUGUAAAAGGUAAUUUAAGAGGUGUGAUUCUACUCAGGCCAAAUGUACACAAUGUUGUCACCCUGCCAUUCUUUGUUAUUUAUCAGUGUAUUUAUAGUAAAUAUAGUCAUGGCCAUUUUAUAUCUAGCCCUGUAACAAAACAAUUCGUUAUAUGUUUUUAUUCCCCCCACAUGUAGAGAUACAGUAAUGACACUUGAACAGAGACACAUACAAACACACACACACACAUCCAGACUGGAUGUUGAGAAUAUAAGACAUGCACUGCCCGUUUUCAUCGAAUUAAAUUCUUUUGUAAACA